CUCCCUCCCCGCUCCCGCCCUCACUGCGCAUUGGAAACAUGGCGGCGGCGAGGGACUGAGCAGCCCCAGCGCUCGGCGGCCGCGCAGGAAUGAUGGGGAAGUAGAGCCCGUGACUCAGAAGAGCUGUUGGCACUUUUGAUAUCUUGACAUCUUCAGUUAUCUAAAAGAAAGCCAGUCCCAGGACAAGGACAGGAGCAGGUGAUAUAAUGCGGAAACCAGGCCCUCAAAAAGCCAUAGACUGGAAAGAUGGUAAAAAGCACAAGUAUGGCCGCCCGGCAGAGUCUCCCUCCCAGUACCAAGGUCACUUCACAUGGGAGAAAUACCUGAAAGAGACAUGUGCCAUCCCAGCUCCUGCCCAUUGCUUCAAGCAGUCAUACACUCCACCUGCAAAUGAAUUCAAGAUCAGCAUGAAACUAGAAGCCCAUGACCCCAGGAACACCACCUCCACCUGCAUUGCCACCGUGGUGGGGCUGACGGGCGCGCGGCUGCGCCUGCGCCUGGAUGGCAGCGAUAACAAGAAUGACUUCUGGAGGCUGGUGGACUCUGCUGAAAUCCAGCCCAUAGGAAACUGUGAGAAGAAUGGAGGGAUGCUGCAGCCUCCCCUGGGCUUUCGGCUGAAUGCCUCCUCUUGGCCCAUGUUCCUUCUGAAGACUCUGAAUGGAGCAGAGAUGGCUCCUGUCCGGAUUUUUCACAAGGAACCACCAUCUCCAUCCCAAAACUUCUUCAAGACAGGGAUGAAGUUGGAGGCAGUGGACAGGAAAAACCCUCACUUCAUCUGCCCGGCCACCAUUGGGGAGGUGAGAGGUUCUGAGGUCCUGAUAACCUUUGAUGGCUGGAGAGGUGCCUUCGAUUACUGGUGCCGAUAUGAUUCCCGGGACAUCUUUCCCGUAGGCUGGUGCUCGCUGACUGGAGAUAAUCUGCAGCCCCCUGGAACAAAAGUCGUGAUUCCAAAGAGCCCUUUACCUGCCUCCGAAGUAAACUCGGAGAAACCUAGCAUGCACAGUAGCACAAAGACUGUUUUGGGGCAUCAACAAGGGCAAAGGCGUCGCAAAACAGGGAAGAAGCGUGGUCGAACGACCAAAGCACUAAUCCAUCACCCCAUGCCUACACCCUCCAAGUCAGUGGAGCCUUUGAAAUUCCCCAGAAAGAGAGGCCCCAAGCCUGGCAGUAAGAGGAAGCCUAGGACAUUGCUGAAUCCAGCACCCACCUCUCCAACAACCAGUACCCCAGAACCAGACACAAGCACUGUGCCUCAGGACGCUGCUACAAUCCCCAGCUCUGCCAUGCAGGCUCCCACAGUUUGCAUUUAUUUGAACAAGAAUGGCAGCACUGGGCCCCACCUAGACAAGAAGAAAGUUCAGCAGUUGCCAGAUCAUUUUGGACCAGCUCGAGCUUCUGUUGUCCUUCAGCAAGCAGUACAGGCCUGCAUUGAUUGUGCUUAUCAUCAGAAAACAGUCUUCUCCUUCUUAAAACAAGGCCACGGGGGAGAGGUCAUCUCAGCUGUGUUUGAUCGGGAACAGCACACUCUGAACCUGCCAGCAGUAAACAGUAUCACCUACGUCCUCCGCUUCCUGGAGAAGCUCUGCCACAAUCUCCGCAGUGACAACCUCUUUGGGAACCAGCCUUUCUCUCAGAACAGCCACAUGAAGCGCUCACACGAGUACGACCACGACAGGUAUCUACCAGACAGAAGCAGUUCCUUAGACGACACUCUGCAGGGACCAGGCCGGGGUACAAAGCGAUAUUCCCAAGAUUCCCCUCCAUACAGUGCUCCUCUCUCCCCCAAGUUACCAAAGAAUGACCGUCACCCUUUGGAAGGUGAAACCUUUGUCCUGGGAGAUGGCCUCCCAGCACCCUUGGAGCCUCGCCUGGACCCCAUGGACUCUGCCUUGAACUCUGUCAACUCAUCCAGCCACAGCAGGAGCUCCAGGGACUAUCGGCUGCAGGGAUACAGGCACCUGCACCAACCCUCCAGCAUCACCCAGGGCAGCACCUCUGCCUUGCAUAGGCUUAGCUCUGGGGGGUCAGACAGAUACUUGGGCUCUCGAGAGGUCUCCAGGCUGAGCAGCCGUGACCCUUCCUCCUGGACAGUGGAGGAGGUGAUGCAGUUCAUAAGAGAAGCAGAUCCACAGCUUGGCCCCCAUGCUGACCUCUUUAGGAAACAUGAGAUUGACGGGAAAGCCCUGCUCCUGCUGCGGAGUGACAUGAUGAUGAAAUACAUGGGGCUGAAGCUGGGGCCGGCCCUGAAGCUCACUUACCACAUCGACAAGCUAAAGCAAGGCAAGUUCUGAGAGGACUCUUGGCAGGACAGACCCUGGAAGCUCCUCUCCUGGCCAUCCAUACCCGCGCUCGCCUGCAGACAGGUAUGCAUGCACACACCCAUUUACGCCGCAGACGGACGCCUGGCCCUGCUGCAGGGGCUGUGCCACCCUCCUGCCCCACGCCAGCAGCCGGGGACCAGGGGGACUCUGGGGACCAGGGGGACUCUGGAGGAGGCUGGCACACCCGGGGGCCUCACGCCGGACUCCGUCACAGGCAUCGUGUUGGAAGGGGAGGGUUUCUCCCCGCUACCCGCCUGACACUUCUCCGUGGGCUCCUGCUCCUGCUCUCCGGGAUGGAGCCGUGGCUCUGGGCAGAGCCCUGGGACUGGGCUGGCUCUGGCUCCUCUCCCUCCCGGCCCCUCAGAGGGGUGGUGGGGCCAGGGGGCUGAGCUCUCCUCCGGGCAGCUCUGCUGCAAGGGGAUGAUGUCCCUAACCUGCACUUGGCCCCUGGAGCAGCAUGCCAAGCUCAGAGCAGUGACUGUCCUGUCUUCCAUGCCAGGAGGUGCCCGGCCUCCCACCCUGGGGUCCACUCACCUCCUGAGCACUGUCCGCCUCUCAGCUCCCAGCCUCCCCCUGGCUGGGACAUCAGAACAGGGGUGGAGGCUUUCAUAUUUAUUUUUGACUGAGGGGGCCACGCGGGAGCGUGGAGCAAAUAUUGGGGGAGCUGAGGAGCAGGGCUGGGCCUGGCAUGGCCGUGUCAGGGAUGGGCCUGGGUCAGCAUUGGAGGCUGUCUGGAUGCUGCAGGACUCAACUGAUCCUUUGCUCCUUUUUGUUUUUUUUUUCUUUUUUUUUUUUUUUUUUUUUUAGGGUUUGUUGUUUUAUUUUUUUAAUUUCUCUUUUUUUUAUAAGGAGUCAUCUGUUUAAAAUGAUGAAAUGAUUUUUAUACCUGUUGAACUUGCAGCUCUUGGAGAUUUUUAGCCAGAAAUGCAGUUUUGUCUUCUCAGGGGCCCUCCCAGCCCUCUGGUUUUGGUCCGUCCCAGCUCAGCAUGUGCAAGAGGGUUUUGGGUCAUGCAAGUCAGAGGGUCACAGUGUGGUGACCUGUCCUUGUGUUGCUCUUCCUGCCAGGGCUUUGCCCUACCUGGGUGCUCCUGUUUGUUUCAGACAGUCUAAUAUAUUUAUUUUUGAUGGCACUUGAGCAGUAACCUGCUGUCCCAGACACGUUACUGCAGCUGCAAGAGGAGUCUCAGUCACCCACCCAUGCCUUGUGUCCCCUGGGCAGCAUCUGCCAGGAUGGGGGUGUCUGUGGGGACAGGGGCUGCACCCCUGGAGCAUCACCAGCCCCCACGGUCUGACCUGGGGAAGAGGCUGAUGGAGAGGAGCAGUGGAGGGGAAGGGGAGAGCUUCCAGUGUGUCCCCACGCAUGCACCCACAGCUCCUGCACACCUUUGCCUCCUGCAGUGACAAAAGGGCUGGGAUGGGGAGCUCUGCUGCAAGCACUUCUCCUCCUUCUGGCUUUAGCUCACCCUCUGUGCAUCCUGAGCAACCUCUCACACCCUCAUCCCUGCCAAGCUCGAGGGUCCUGGCCAGCAGCAGGAGAGGCCUCCUUGUGACAACCCUCCAGUCUUGAACUGGGUCAGGUUUACCCCUAAGGGGAAAAGUUGCAAAAAACCCCAAGAACAAUAAAAAAACAAAAACCCCAAAGUAAUAAAAAGCUGUAUAGCACAGUGUGUGCUGCUGUCCUCACUGCUGCACCAGUGGGGUCAGAGGGAUGUGGGGCUCACUAGCAGAGUGAAACACAAGCCCCAGGGCACCCCUCGUUUUCACCUGACACGGAUCAGGCAGGUCCCUUGGUGGGGUCAGCCAGUGCUUUCCUCUGCACUUAUUUUAUGUUGAUUUGUUUAUAAAUAAAAGGAUAACUGAGUUCCUC